AUGCAGAAGGUCAAGUCCAAGCUACCAUCUUGGGAUACGACCAAGACAACAAGCAAGAAGGGCUUUGACAAGGUCUGGGGCUGGGCAGAUAAGCUCGGAGCACCCGUCAAUCGACUAUCCAACCGCAUUGGCAGCGAAGCGUUUUGGCCAACGACUCUGGACAAAGAGAGCGACAAGGCGGCGAGAAUCUUGCGAUCAUUUUGCAAGGAUGGCUUCUACACAGAAGAAGAGCGCCCAGCCGAUGAUGCCGGCCCGAAACGGAAACAGCGAGUCAUCAAGAAGAUACCCCAGAAGGUUAUAGAGAAUGCCGUUGGCCUCGCCAUUUUCACGACGAUGCGCACCGGACUGUGGGUAUCCGGUUCCGGCGGCUCCGGCGUAUUGGUGGCCAGACAAGAAGACGGAUCAUGGUCCCCUCCAUCGGGAAUCCUGCUCCACACGGCGGGGUUGGGAUUCCUUGUCGGUGUCGACAUUUACGACUGCGUACUGGUAAUCAACAAUCGCAAGGCCCUCGAGGCCUUUACUAAGAUUCGGGCCACCCUGGGCGGGGAGAUCAGUGCAGUCGCCGGUCCCGUCGGCAUGGGUGGUGUUUUGGAGAACGACGGCAAGUGGAAGCAAGCAAACAGGCCGGUAUUCACAUACCUCAAGUCGCGUGGCUUCUACGCAGGUGUCCAGUUCGACGGUACAGUCGUGAUUGAGCGUACGGAUGAAAAUGCACGCUUCUAUGGAGAGAAAAUAGGUGUCGCCGAUAUCUUGGCUGGAAAGACCAAGCGACGACCGCCAGAGCUCAAGAUGUUGAUGGAGACAUUGAAGGCUGCUGAAGGCCGGACGGAUGUUGACGAAGAGCUGAUGGACGAGCUCGAGGGGCAGCCUGCACCUGGCGACGUGGAUGUCGAAGCCCCCACCGACGGGAAGCUAUUCGGUAUUCCCGAACCUGACGACCCAGAUCCCUAUGGCGUUCUGGCUCUGCAGAGGGAAGGACUGGAAAUUGUGGAAGCGGGAACUCACACGAGACCCUCCAGCAGCCAGUUUGAGUACAACCCGAGCCCGUCUAGUCCAGUUUAUGGCAAGUUUCAUAACAGGCGCAGCAUGGAAACGUCAGAAACCAGGAGCAAUCGGGACAGCUAUACAUCAUCUCGACUGAGAUGGAGUUCGGAUCGGCACUACGAGUCUUCGGAUGCCGGGACACAGACAGACGAGGUCAUUACUCCAGUCACAAGCCCCGUCUUCCAUACCUUCCACCAUCGGAAUCUCUACGACGAGUCUAACGAAUUAUACAACUCUGUCAACGAUAGUCCGUGGAGCUCAAAGGGCCGUAAAAACAGCAUUGACCGCGACUGGGGGCGAGAUGACAGCCUGACCUUUUUCAGUGAAGAUGACGAAAGGUCCGAAGCUGCAUUCUUGUCGCCCUCCGAUCUGCGAUCACAAUCCAUCAGCGCCCCUCCAGUGGACGCCGUAGUUACUCCUGCCCGCGUGCCGCCUCCGCUGCCACCGAGGAACAUCUCCCGGCCCCUCAAACCCGAGUUUGAGGAGGUGGAUCUGAAAGCGGCUCACGAACGAUGA